CAGUGUUCGUUUAAUUUGCGGAUAGCGCGGUUUGCUGUUCGAUUCAGUGGCAUCCGCCCUGGUGGUUUUUAACGUACUUCAUCCGUAUACGUAGGAUUGCCGCUUAUCCGGCAGAUAAGCCGAGAAGCCUUCGAACUUGGCCACAAAUCAGGACAUAAUCCCGGCGUCCUAGCCUAAUUGAAUUCGGGCGAGUUAAUUGGCGGCCAAAAAGUGUUGCCCUCGUAAUGAUGCUGCCAUUCAUCUGGCAUUUAAUUUAAUUCUGUUUCGCUGAACGAAUUGCUGGGCAACGUCUGCAAAGUUUGAUUAGUGCGCGUUACCGAAAAAGUAAAACAGAAGCCGGGAAAAUCAACAGAAAGUACGGUUCAUUUGCUAAAUACACGGGACCCCUCGAAUUUUCCCACUCAAUUCGUGUUUGUGAGUAUCUCCGGUUGUGUGUGCGAGCUCAGUGAGUGGGAGUGUGUGGCGAAUUUCAUUUAUUGGCAGGCAGCAACUGAUUUGAAUAUUCACAAACACACUGCCAAAAUACUAGACCAGAUUGUGGCUGUGUGAGCCACUGUGUGAGUGCACCAUGAUUUAUAGGUCCUGCAGCAGGCGUGAUGUAAAGUGACAAUUUCUGGUAAUUUUCGAUUUAGAUGCCGCUGUGCAUAGGGUAAGUUUGACGGAAGAGACUGAGUUUUAUUUACACUUUAAAUAUUGAAUUACCUGGAAAUAAUCUUACGCGUAAAUUAGAUUGUUUCGGAGAAAGAGACAGACGACCGAGUUGAAAGUUCAAUAAACCCACACAAAAGAGGGACAGCGUAACUAUAGCAAAGAUGCUGUUCAAGUGGCUCCUGUUCAGCCUGUGCAUAAUGCCAGCGAUGUUCAGCAACACGAGGAGGAAAUGCCCCAUUGAAUGCCAAUGCAGCAUGGACGACUUGGAUCGUUAUCAGGCCAUCUGCACAAAAGGAGGUCUGAACGCGCUGCUCUCGCCCAAUGAGUUGGACAUCGAUGUUAAGGUUAUUAUCAUUCGUGGACCCCGGAAUUUCAUUACAAUCGGUCCGGCUCUGAGGCAGUUCAUGAAGCUGGAGAUCCUGCGCAUCACGGACUCCAAUCUGCCGGCAAUCGGCGUCGAGUCGUUUUGGGGCCUCAAGUAUCUGCGGAUAUUAGAUCUGUCCAAGAACAAUAUAACCAACAUCACGGAGAACAACUUUCGGGGCCAGGAUAAUCUGCUGGAAUUGGAUUUAUCGAAAAACAAAAUUUUACGAAUGGCAAGCUCGACUUUUCGCCAUUUGACGGAUCUGCGACGUCUUAAUUUGGCCGACAACUCGAUUGUGGAGCUCGUGCAGCGCAACUUCUUCAUGCUAAGCAGACUCAAGUAUCUGGACCUGAGCGGAAAUCCGCUUCAGGAUUUACAGCCGGAUGUGUUUCGCGAUGUCCCGGAACUCAAAGUGCUCAAGUGCCGCAAUUGUCAGCUGAAAAAAAUCAAUCCGCAGAUGUACAAUUUAUUGCCGCUUUUAAGUGAAUUGGAUUUGGGACGCAACGAGUUCAAGUUCCUCGACAAGGAUGAAUUCCGGGAUGUGAAGCGACUCACCAAAGUUCUGCUGGACGGCAAUCAAUUGUCCGUGGUGGUGGACCAACUCUUUCGCAUGCAGAAGAGUCUUAAUCAUUUGGAUUUAUCGUACAAUCGGUUGGCCAAAGUGCCGAACGACUCCUUCCUGCAGCUGACCAACUUGACCUUCUUGGACUUGUCCUACAACAAAUUAGUUCGUCUGGAGCCGCAGUCCAUUCGAAGUUUGAGCAACCUACUGACCCUCAACAUAAGUGGCAAUGUGCUGAUGGAUCUCAGGGAAAUGCGCGAUACCUUCGAGCUCAUUCCUCAGCUCACCCACCUGGCAAUUGCGGAUAUGGGCACAAUGCCCAUUGGCCUGCUGCACCCUUUCAAGCAGCUGAGAUAUCUCAAUAUCUCCGGGAAUUCCUUGAACAACACGGCCCUGGAGGUCAUCGAUCCGUGUCGAGAACUGGAGUUUUUGGAUUUAUCUCGAAAUCAAUUACACGGCAUCAGCGAGGAUACGGCCCUCAGGAUCCAAGGCAUUCGCAACGUGCGACUCGACAACAAUCCUUUGAUAUGCGACGAAUGUCACAUGGGGAAAUUAAUAAACGUCGUGCGCCAACUGCAGUGGAAAUGGGAUACGUAUCCCAUUUGCUUUUUGCCCAAAAGCCUGCGAGGUGCAGAAAUAAAUAAUUUGGACAUCAACGGGCUGCACACGUGUCUGACCUUCAUCACCGACGAGGAGCAGAACGCCGCCAGCACUUCAUAUAACUUUCUUGAGCACGGCGGUCUCAAUACUCUGGCCAUUCUGGGUGGCAUCAUCUUUGUGCUAAUUACCGUCAUUAUACUGUCCUUGGUGGCCUGCUUCUCGAAAAAUCGAGCUCGUUACUACACCAGGGAGGACCAUCUGAAUGGCAGCGAGAGCAAGUGCCUGGAAAAGAAUCUGGAGGCGACCACGAUUACAACGCUGGGCAAUGGCAGUUCGCCCACCACGACGACCACACUGACUCUGGCCACCUCUCCGGUGGGUCCGAAUGGGACGAAAUCGAAAGGACAGGGUGGCCUCAGCCACAGUCCUGCCAACGGCAGCACGCCGGUCCACGGAUUCUCCGAGGACAAGGGCAAGGAAAUCAACUUUACCUUUCCCGCGGCCGAUCGCGUCUGCACAAUUGACGAGCUGAUGCUGCCGACACCUCCGCCGCCUGCCCAGCAGCAUCCCAAUAUGGGCAGCCUGAUGUACAGUGUGUCGCACUCGCCGGGCUCGGCUACAACCCUGGCUGCCGUGGCCGCUGCGGCCACUGUCCUGCCCCCCGGAGCACCCUCUCAGCCCGCCGAGGCUGUGGUUGUGGUGCUGCCCCCACCACCGCCACCACCCACAUCGCAAUCGCAAUUGCACCACAACGAGAUGGACGGCAGCUUGGCCAGCCUGCGGGAGGUGCAGCAGCAGCUGGUGCAUCUGAGCAGCACGCUGGAGCCGCUGGUCAGCGUCAACUGACCCAGGGGACCAGCUGGAGCCAGUGCAUCCACGUUGGCCGGCAAGUUUGCUCAGCAAACAGUUGGCACGACACCGACGUAAGUCGCAGGAGAGUUGGCAACUCUGCAGUUUGCACUGCUACCGAAACCGGACGACGGGGCGUAUAAUUAAUGGCCAUGCGGCGAGGUCACAUUGAAAUGCAGUAAUUAGGAUUUGAGUUCGCAAUUAAGUUCAUUAAUCACUCCAGGCGCUCAUCAUCAUCAUCAUCAUCAUUUGGCUUAUACCCAGCGGUAUGCGGCCCAAAUUAUUCCAUACUGCCAUUAUCACAAUUAACAAACUUUACCAGUGUUUCACUAAGAUACUUGUAACUUCAUUUUAAUGUUUUUUUUAUGCGCAUCUGUAUAUAAAAUUGGUCUAAAUUAAGGCAAACACCCCCAAUUCAUUUUGACACAUUUCAAAUGUGAUAAAACUGAGCAUAUUCUGUACAUAGGUAUUAGGGCAAGCGAACCAUAAAAACUGAAUGUGUAAUCUGUAAGCGAAAAAAAACGAUGAUAAAUGGUAAGCAACUUGUAUAUUUGGCCAACGCGAUUAAAAAUUGAGCAGCCGCUGUUUGAGAAUUUAAACGUAAACAUUUAAAUAGCACGUAGUUAGUGGCAUAGAUUUCCCAGACACAUAAAACACUAUAUAAACCUAGCUAUUAAGGCAUGUCAAAGAUAUAUCGUUGAAAACCCAAAUUAAACUCAGAUAAGAAAAAGCUGGUAAUCAACUGAAGCCCAAUCGAUUUUCGGUUCCCCUCCCCCCUUGAAUCAAUAACAGAACUUGGCAUUUUCACGUAAUCUUAAGUCGAAAAAUUGUAUUUAUUUUACACAGCAAUAACCGUAAUCCAUAAUAAAGUGUGACUGUUUAUGAAACCAAAA